AUGAAAUGGAAAAGACAGAAACUCCGGACCAUCCAUGGGUAUGCCAGCAUACUGGUGAUCAGCAAUGAUAGUCAGUUCUUGGCUUCCUUCGCCCAAAAUGCUGACGGCUCUCGCCUUGUGGUUUGGGAAACAAAAAUUCUUGUAGUGACACUGCUGCCACCAGAGGAAAUGCGCCAUCUUAUGUUGGGCCACUGGACGUAUUCAAUGUUCAAUGCGAUGUUCCUCAAUCUAGUUGAGACAGGAAAAAACACAAGCUGUGACAGUUACAGAUACUUUUUUUACAACAAUAGGUAUGAUGUCCACAGCUUUUAUCCUUAUACUCCUGAUGGUGGACAGGUCUUAAGAGUGGCUUUAUGGACAUCCAGACAAGGUCUUAGGCUGCUCAAUGCUCAGCAGCUCUUCCCUGAAAAAUAUCAAAACAAGCAUGUAUAUUUCCUCAUGUCUGGCCCUUAUGCCUACUUCAUGGCCUUGGAGGAGGACAAUUCAGUCAGUGAAGAUUAUGACGUCAUCGAAAACAUGAUCCAGAACACGACCAACAACGACUCAGGAAAGAACAAAUACUCUGGCAGAGACUACAUCAUGUUACAGGUUCUGGCUCAGCUCUUCAACUUCACCAUAAGGAUUCUUCCUGUCGCCAGCUGGGAUGAAGUCAUCGAAAAGGUGAUAGAAAGAGUUGCCUUCAUGUCGCCCUUAAGGAUAGCAAUACUGCCUCACCUUCUGCCGCACUUGGACUUCUCAGCUGACUUUGAACCUGAGACUCUAACCUUUGUCAUGGCCAAGCCGAGCUUGAAGCCCCACUGGCAAUCCCUCCUGUACCCUUUGAGAGAAGUCGUUUGGAUCUCUGUUGGUAUCGUGCUCCUUGUUGCACUACCCGUAUUUUACCUUGUGUUUCAUUUUGACAAAGAGGUUUGGGGGGGUACCCUGGUACUGAGCUGGUGGAGUGUCUCUGAGAUUGUCCUGGGAACUUUGUUGAGCCAAGGAUUGACGCAGAAACUCCCCAAUACGAAUUCUGUUCGGCUGGUAAUCUUCUUUUGGAUGGUGUUCGUCUUUGUGAUUGGUGCUGUCUAUCGGGGGAAUCUGACGGCAUUCCUUACUCUACCAAAGUACCCCCAAAGGAUUGAGACACUGCAGCAACUGGUGGAUGCAAGAGCCAGCAUGCUGAUUCCGCCCGACACUGUCGAUUUCUUCAACGGCUUCCAACAGUCCCCGCCCGGUCCUUACAAGGACAUCAGCCAAAGAAUGACCUUUGUCCCUUCCAUUCAUGUUGCCUUCCCUCGACUACUGAAGGAGAGCACAGCCUAUAUGUACGAGAGAAGGAACCUGGACUUGAACAUUGCCCGGCAUUACACAAAGAGAGAUGGAUGGACGCCUUUCUAUACUGCCAAAGAAAACAUUUGGCCUGGUACUUGUGCCUGGCCUAUCAUCAGAGAUGCCCCAUUCAGGCAUAUUCUUGAUCGAUACAUCGGGAUCUUUGUUCAGGCUGGAUUGGUCGACCACUGGAGCGAUGAAAUAAUUUACAAGUUCAGAAGUAGAUCACGUUCACAGAAGACAUCACAGACAGAACAAGAAGCCCUUUUUGGGGAAGAUUUACUUGGAACUACCUGGGGGGAUGGCGGACAGGAAGACAUCAAGCCACUCUCGGUGGUGCACCUCCAGGGCCCUCUGCUUCUCCUGAUGCUGUGUCUUUUGGGGUCCUCCCUCACCUUUGCAGCAGAAGUGAUUCUCAGAUUUAAAAAGGAUGAUUUCAUGAAGCCCUUAGGAUUUGAAAUGGAUGCUCUUGAGGACUUUGUAGGCUUUAAAAGGGAAGUUCUGAUUAACUUUGUAGGAUAUAAAGAGAUAUUCUCAAUGACUCUGUAG